CAAGCAUGGAACUCUACGUAUAAAAUUUUUGCAAGAAAUAGGCAAACAUACUUUAGCUAUAAAAAAAAUAAAUCAUCCACUCCUGCUAGUGGUAGUUUAGCAAUCAACCAUAACCCUUCAAUUUCUUUUGUCCCUGCAAGGAAAAUGAGGAACAACAAUAGCUUCUACAACCCAACCCAACCAGGUGCGUAGCCGUCCUCGUGCUGGAAUUUCCUCGUGAAUCUGUUGUUGUAGUUGCAAACACGUCCUCAGUGUGAGAUGGCGGGAAGAGGAAGAUCCCUUAGUCAAGCGCGUGGUGGGGGAAGGGCUCCGCAUUCGAGGGGUUCGAAUGACAUUCACAUCGAGACUCUACGGGAAUCUGAAGGGGAGCACACCCCUCAACAAGAACAACAACCUCAAGUUGCACCUCCAAAUAUGCCUGUACCUACACCGGAAAUGUGGGCAGCAUUUUUAGAAUGGUACCAGAACCAACCCCAGGGUCAGCCCGUGGACAAUCCACCACUGGAACCGAUAGCCCAACAAGUACCAGUGGCGCAACAACAACCCCUCAAUCAAACUCAUGUGAAACCAAUGGAGCAACCGAUUCCCCAAGAACAACAACCUGUGCCGCAAAAUCCUCCCGCACAGGCUGAAGGCUCCGUCAUAGUGAAUCAACCAAAGAAAAAUGAGGUGGCACACCAUCCUCAAUUUUUCAGUAUAGCUCGAUACCUAAAGGAGGCUAGAGCACUAGGGUGUAGGACAUUUGACGGGGCUGGAGAUAUCUCGAAGGCUCGGGAUUGGAUAAAGAGAGUAAAGGAAGUAGGGAAGAGUUUACGCUUGACCCCAGAAGUAAAAAGAGAAGUGGCAACUUAUCUCUUGGAAAACUUUGCAGAGCUCUGGUGGGACGAGAUCCGAAGUCGCUACCAGGGUGAAGUAACAUGGGAACAAUUUGAGAUGGAAUUCUAUGAUAAGUUUUACCCUGCCACAGAAGUCCAGAAAAAGCGAGAGUAUAAUGAUAUCAAACAAGGAAGGUUGUCUGUGGCAGAAUUGGAAAGAAAAUUCCGUGACCUAGCAACUUAUCUACCUGAGUUCGCCAUGAAUGAAAACCACACGAGUUCACAUUUCUGGAUGAGCCUUAACCUUGGGAUUCGUGAAAGGGCUAAGGCAUACACGAAAGGGAUGACCUUCAAUCAGACAAUACUAGCAGCUUAGGCAGGAGAAGUGCUAUUCCAGGAAAGGAUGCAGUGUAACAAGGAAAAUAGGAAAAGGAAGAACACAAGGUCCAGUGAUCCCCCAACAAAGAAGACUUAUCAAAACAAGGGCUCUGGGACUAGCAGUUUCAAAGCCCCGCGACCACCAACCCGAAGCGCUCCAGCCAUGAUUGGCAUAAAGCACAAUGAUUAUU